AUGGUUGAUCGCAAGUUCAAGUUCGAGAUAAUCACUACAACUAAGACCAAUGACGAAUUGAGACGUGCUAAGAAUCUUUGUACUACCGAGUACAACAAGUGCGAGAUCUCUGAGCAAGCCAUCAGGGGCCUCUGUUCUAAUAUUGGGCAAACGGCAGGAAAGUCUCUCAGUCACGAAAGGGCGCACCAUGACGAGGAUUCCUUUUGGGCCCAGCCAGAGACGGGGCCUCCAGGCGAGACAGCAUCACCUGGGACAAGGAACUGCCAGCUUCUGAUCAGCCGAAGACACCCAAGAGAACGCGCAACAAAGGAAAAGCUGACGAGAGUAAAAGCCUGGUAUGCUCAGGAUAUAGCGGAAAGGACUAACUUCAUCCUGACUACAACAACGAGCAAUAACCUCAUUGACGACCCGGCGAAUAUGAUCUGCAUGGAUUUGAAAUUGCAUAAGUACUUGACGGACGUGUCGUGCCACGAAGCGCACGAAAUCAGAAGGCGGAAAGGUUUCGCUGGGUGUCAGGAAAUCACUUUCCACUGGCUCCGAUGGACAACUCUCGAGGGCAUGCUGGCUGAUGCCAACUACACAACCGACCCCUGUGAACACAUUCAGCCCCUCGAUCACGAGACGGCCUUCAGCCUGGAAACGGGAUAUUCAGUGGACGAUAGACAGACGAUUAAGAUCUUUGCUGAGUGCGAAGCCGACGUUCCGAACUACGAUCUUUUACAACUACACGCUAAUCUGCUCACGGCACUCUCGCUUACAGCAGAUGUCGGUCUGAAACUCUACGAGUCUGAUGAUGAUGGCUGGAUAAUUCACGACGAAAUACGUUACGGAAAAAGCCAUAAAAGGACGGAGAUACCAAACACAGAGAUAGCAAGAACAUACCGCUGCUCAGUAAGCUCACAGCUCAUUCUGCCACCGCUGUGCCCGUACUGCAUCAUCUUUGACUCGACGCUCGCACUACGCGAAUCUAGAGACGGAUACACCACUCGUAGUAAUAGUCGACAAGCCCUAAAUAGCCCUCUACAUGAUGAUAAGACUGAGAUCGGCCACCGACGACGCGGCAAUUUGGGCCAGGAGACCAUCAGAAACUGCGUAAGGCUGACUGUGGGUGUCCGAAUACCGUAUUCAGCGACAGAUGUCUAA